GAGAACUGAGAUAUACUACAGGAAGAAAAACAUUAUGAUGGAUUCAGAAGGUUCUGUCCCAACGAAUUCGAAAGAAUAUCUAAGCAAUGACAUAACAGCUACCUCUGGUAAACAUUAUCUUUGUGGCUACUGUGCAGCCUUCACAAAUAUAGCAGUCACUUUUCCCAUCCAGAAGGUCCUUUUUCGACAGCAGUUGUAUGGUUUGAAAACAAAGGAUGCAGUACAUCAGCUGCAGAAGGAUGGAAUUAGAAAUCUCUAUCGUGGCAUCCUUCCUCCAUUAAUGCAGAAAACAACAACACUGGCUCUAAUGUUUGGCUUGUAUGAAGAUUUCUCUUCCCUGCUCCACAGCCACACGAGUGCUCCUGAACUCCUUACUCGCAGCAUGGCAGCAGUGCUUGCAGGGACCACAGAAGCUGUUCUUACACCUUUUGAGCGAGUACAGACUUUGCUUCAGGACUAUAAACACCAUGAUAAAUUUACAAACACUUACCAGGCUUUCAAGGUACUGAAAGUCUAUGGGAUGAGAGAAUAUUAUCGGGGAUUGGUGCCUAUUCUGCUCCGAAAUGGACCCAGUAAUGCACUUUUCUUUGGCCUACGGGGACCUAUCAAACAGUGUCUGCCUGAAGCAACUUCUUACAGCGCUCACUUGGUCAAUGACUUUAUCUGUGGUGGGCUGUUGGGUGCCAUGCUGGGAUUCUUGUUUUUCCCAGUGAAUGUUGUAAAAACUCGCAUGCAGGCUCAAAUUGGUGGUGAAUUUCAGUCCUUUUCAAAAGUCUUUGUGAAGAUCUGGCUGGAACGUGAUAGAAAACUGAUCCACCUUUUCAGAGGAGCCCAUCUGAAUUACCAUCGUUCUGUCCUGUCCUGGGGCAUUAUCAAUGCAACCUAUGAAUUCUUGCUAAAGCUGUUGUGAAAACCACUGUCUUCCUUCAGCUCUACUGUUAUUUGGCACAUAUGAUGUCACUUAAUCCCAGGGAACAGUGCCUGCAUAGUGGAUAGGUAAUUAGUCUUGGCCUACAAUAUUUAUGGGGUGAAUGGUGAUGCAUCUAAACCUUGGUGCAAUUAAGAUGAACUUUUUAAAGUAUUUAUUUGCUGGCAGGUGAGUU